AUGUUACCCGUCAGGUUUAUAAGUGCUCCCUAUAUGGUUGGAAGACAGACGAUCCGCAUGGAUAGUGGAAAUGGCCCAGUGACAGUUAUGGAUGAGAGUCCCACAUCUAGCCCCAGCUCCAGCCCCAGUCCUGACAUGCUGACCACCGACAGUCGACGUCCGGAGGCCCUGCAGCACUCCAGGGUGGUCCAGGCCGGUGGGCUCGGUGGCAGAGGGCGACCGGCAGCGGCCAACGCAGCACGGGAGAGGAGUCGAGUGCAGACCCUGAGAAGCGCAUUCCUGGAGCUACAGAGGACUCUUCCGUCGGUGCCACCGGACACAAAACUGUCCAAGCUCGACGUGUUGAUUUUGGCCACCACGUAUAUUGCCCAUCUGACUCGGACCUUGCAAGAGGAGGGGAUGGAGGAGGGAGAGAGCAAUAGACAAACAGAGGCCUUACACUCGCUGAAAGGUGAAGGUUACCUGCACCCUGUGAAAAAGUGGCCAAUGCGAUCCAGGUUAUACGUCGGCGCCAGCGGUCAGUUUCUGAACAAUUCAAAACAGACAGAAAAUCAAGGCGCAUCAUCGUCGACCUCGCAGACAUAAAUGUAUCCACUGCAUAAGGGACUUCUAAUUCAGACGACCAUUAAUUAGUAAGACUCUUUCAGCUAAAUCCACCCAUGAGGACUUAUGAAAUGGACAGCAGAUUCGUCGUCUGACAGUGCUUAUUAUUUUUAUUUAUCAAACAACUGAAGUCUGCUUUUGACUUCAGUAUUUUCAUGUAAAGGAGACAGUCACGACUCUUUCAAUAGUAGGAACACAUUGUAAAUUAAUAUAUUAUGUGAUUAUGUAUAUAAAAUCUGAGAAAGCCUGAAUAUUGUUGCUCUUAUUUUGGCCAUGCUGUGUUUCUGCUCUGCUUUCUGCUGUUCUGUGCAUGUUGGAGAUAUUAACGUGUGUAUACUUUUUAGAAAUUCCGUGUCUGAUGUAAUGAACAUUUGCACUAAAUGCAUGUGUGAAUAACUUAACAUCUGUCAUGUGAAGUGAUCUGUCAGAAUCUCAACAAUGGUAGGAGAAUCUUCAUCUUUUUUUAUUACGUAAAUGUUUGUAAAUGUGUAUUUUGAUAAUGACUUUAGAAAUAAGACAUGUCUCCCACUCCAUUGGUUGUAAAUAAGUUUACUGAGAUGUAUUUGUUCUAAGUGGCCUAAAUAAUCAUGUUCUGUAAUUUAAGACAAGAUUUAUCUCUUAAAACAAUCAAGAGGGAUUCCAUUUUAUUAUUUGCCUUAAAAGGGAAUUAUGAGUUGACAUUCUUUGGAAAUAUGCCAUUUUUUUUCAUGUAUGUGCAGUCAGAUAUAUAUUUUACACAAAUGCACAAUUUUGCAACCACAACAAACUCCUCAUUACAAUAAAUGUUAAUGUAUUUCAAGGCACAUAUUGUGGAAUGUAUUAUAGGCCCUAGCCUAUUCAAAAUGGUAGUGACUCUUUCAGUGUGGUGUAUAGUGUGUCUAGAUGCCGUGUUCAAAACAAUGGGAACUGGGAACUCGGAAAUCUCUGAAUUCCGACUAUCAGUGUGUUCAAAACAACUGGGAACUCGGAAAAACAACUAGCUCUGACUGAGAAAUCGAUUUGAACGUCAUCUAACUCCGAAUUCCAACUCGGGAAGUCGGGCCUCUUCUAGAGCUCGGACUUCCCGACCUGAAGAGCACUGAAGUCAUGAUUUGACCUCCCAGUUGUUUUGAACUCGGCAAGAGGCCACUUCUAUUAAAGGGAAAGUUCGGAUUUUGUGCAAUUAAUUAAAAAAUAUAUAUCUACUUCCCGAGAGUCAGAUGAACUGGAUAUAAUUUUUAUGUCUCUGUGUUCAGUUUUAAGUAAGCUGCCAACUACCGUUAGCGCAAUUGCUAACUACUGAAAGUCUAUGGGAACAGCUAGUGUGGGAAAUCGAUAAAGGGCCUCAUUGCCAAAAUCCCAAACUAUCCCGUUAAACUAUAGCAUAACUUUUGAGAUAAUUCUAGCUUUAUGAAGUUUAAAUCGAAUGGUCAGAGAUCAAUUUAGAAAGUGCACUUUUAUGUAGGCUACUCAGACACUGUUACACUGCUGAAAUGUGCAAAUUGGAGACUUAGCAUAAUAUUCAAAGAAAAACUGAUAGUUAUGGUUUUAAAGGCCCAGUGCAGAAAAACAAUUGAUUUCCCUGUGUUUUAAAUACAUUCAGUGGCCAAUUUAUUAGGUACACCCAUCUAUACUAAACAAAAAUAUAAACACAACAUGUAAAGUGUUGGCCCCAUGUUUCAUGAGCUGAAAUAAAAGAUCCCAGAAAAUUUUCAUACGCACAAAAAGUAUAUUCCUCUCAAAUUUUGUGCACCAAUUUGUUUACAUCCCUGUUAGUGAGCGUUUCUCUUUUGCCAAGAUAAUCUAUCCACCUGACAGAAGUGGCAUAUCAAGAAGCUGAUUAAACAGCAUGCACAUUACACAGGUGCACCUUGUGCUUGGACUUUUUUUUUAAUGCAGUUGUCACAACACAAUGCCACAGAUGUCUCAAGUUUUGAGGGAGCGUGCAAUUGGCAUGUAGACUGCAGGAAUGUCCACCAGAACUGUUGCCAGAGAAUGUAAUGUUAAUUUCUCUACCAUAAACCGCCUCCAAUGUCAUUUUAGAGAAUUUGGCAGUAUGUACAACCACAGACCAUGUGUAACCACGCCAGCCCAGGACCUCCACAUUCAGUUU